AUGGCCUUGGGUUCGACAUGUUCCAGCCCUCUUGGUCCCGGAACCGCCGCCCCAGGCGACGCGUUCUGGAUGGAGACCAUCAAACACCAAGGCAUUGCUGCCUUUAACCCUACCCCAUCGUCCUACCAGGUCUUCCGUAACGUGAAAGACUUUGGUGCCAAGGGCGAUGGUGUCACCGACGAUACUGCUGCCAUCAAUGCGGCCAUCUCUGCCGGCGCCCGAUGCGGAGGCGGCUCAUGCGACUCCUCCACCACUACGCCUGCCGUUGUCUAUUUCCCCAAAGGCACAUACAAGGUUACUACGCCCCUCAUCGCCUACUACUACACGCAGUUCAUCGGCGAUGCGCGCAACGUGCCCACGCUGCUCGCCGACGCGAGCUUCGUCGGGAUGGCGGUCAUCGACGCGGACCCGUACAUCCCGGGCGGCGGCGGGGCGCAGUGGUAUGUCAACCAGAACAACUUCUUCCGGAGCGUGCGCAACUUCGUCAUCGACCUGCGCCAGAUGCCCGCCAGCGCGUCCGCCACGGGCAUUCACUGGCAGGUCUCGCAGGCGACGUCGCUCAUGAACAUCGUCUUCGAAAUGAGCACCGCGGCCGGCAACGCCCAUCAAGGUAUCUGGAUGGAGAACGGCUCUGGCGGAUUCCUGGGUGAUCUCGUGUUCAACGGAGGCAAGUUUGGCAUGUGGGUCGGGAACCAACAGUUCACGGUCCGCAAUGUAACGAUGAACAACGUCGACACUGCUAUCUUCUCUAUCUGGAACUGGGGAUGGACCUUCCAAAGCGUCACUAUCAACAACUGCCAGGUCGGCUUCGACCUCAUGACCGGCGGCACCACGCAGGACACGCAGACGGUCGGCGCGAUCGCCGUCAUCGACGCGACCGUCUCGAACACGCCCAUCUUCGUGCGCAGCUCCGCGCCCUCGAACGGGAAGCUCGCGGGCUCGCUCGUGCUGAACAACAUCCGGCUCACGAACGUGCCGACCGCGGUCGGCGUCGUCGGCGGCGCGACGGUGCUCGCGGGCGGGACCACCACGAUCGACACCUGGGCGCAGGGGAACGUGUUCUCGGGCACGGGCGCGAACGCCCCGGCGCGCUUCGCGCAGGCUAAUGCUCCUUCGCCUAACAAGCCGGCGAGUCUGCUUGACAGUGCAGGACGGAUCUUCGGGAAGACGCACCCUCAGUACGAGGCAUUCGCGGUCAGCCAGUUCGUGAGCGUGCGCGACCAGGGCGCGAAGGGCGACGGCACCACGGACGACACCGCUGCGCUGCAGGCUAUCUUUAACAAGUUCUCGGGCUGCAAGAUCAUCUUCUUCGACGCGGGCACGUACCUCGUCACGAACACGCUCACCAUCCCCGCGGGCACGCAGCUCGUCGGCGAGGCGUGGAGCGUGAUCAUGGGCGGCGGGAACGCGUUCGCGGACCAGAACAACCCGAUCCCGGUCGUGCGUGUCGGGAACCCGGGCGAUGAGGGCGUCACCGAGAUCUCAGACAUUAUCUUUGCUACGCGCGGUCCUGCUGCGGGCGCGAUCGUGGUCGAGUGGAACGUGCACUCGAACACGCAAGGUGGUGCGGGUAUGUGGGACACACACAUCAGGCUUGGUGGUGCUGCUGGAACGAACCUGCUCAUCAACAACUGCCCCGCCGGCUCUAACAACGCGGCUUGCUCUGCGGCCUUCAUGGCGCUCCACCUCACGCCCCAGUCGAACGCGUACCUCGAGGGCACGUGGGUGUGGCUCGCAGACCACGACCUCGACAGCGGAGGCUCGCGCCAGACGACGCUCUUCAGCGGCCGUGGGAUCUUGUCCGAAUCUCAGGGGCCGGUGUGGAUGAUCGGCACUGCUUCGGAGCACCACACUCUUUACCAGUACCGCCUAGCGAACGCGGCGAACCACUACAUGGGCUUGAUACAGACUGAGACGCCAUACUACCAACCCGUUCCCGCCGCGCCCGCACCGUUCUCGGUUAACAGCAACUUCAACGACCCGACGUUCCCCAGCGGGCAGACGUCUGCCUUCGCAGUAUCGAUCUCAAACUCGCAGGCCAUCACCAUCUUCGGCGCGGGCCUGUACAGCUUCUUCCAGAACUACGGGCAGGCGUGCCUGAACACGAACUCGUGCCAGAGCCAGCUGUUCGACAUCGACGCUGCGUCGGGCGUGAGCGUGUACAGCCUGUCGACCGUCGGCGUGACGUGGUCGCUGAGCGUCGCCGGCCAGGGCGUCGUCCCCGCGAGCGCGGGCCCGAACGGGCUCGCGGACACCGCGACGGUGUGGACCAAGUAG